AUGAGCCAGAGGAGCAGCGCGAUGUCUGGCAGAGGAAAGGGCGGCAAGGGGCUCGGGAAAGGAGGCGCUAAGCGGCACCGGAAAGUUCUUCGCAACAACAUCCAGGGACUCACCAAGCCGGCUAUUCACCGUCUGGCUCGCCGUGGUGGUGUGAAGCGCAUUUCCGGCCUGAUCUACGAAGAGACCCGCAGUGUGCUGAAAGUGUUCCCGGAGAACGUGAUCCACGACGCCGUCACUUACACGGAGCAUGCCAAGAGAAAGACCGUCACCGCUAUGGAUGUGAUGUACGCCCUGAAACGCCAGGGACGCACUCUGUACGGCUUCGACGGGUAA